GCCGGAAGUAGUUCUGUGAACAGGCGGAACUGGUUGUAAAAGGCUCAUGUUUUUGCGCCUAGUCUGAGACAAGGAUGGCUAUCACGCAGCACUUAAUACCACUCUGAUACUGAUAUCUUCUUGGUACCCAGGUCUCUAUCACUGGAUGCUGUUGGACAUCUAAACGCAGUCUCCGGGCCCACCUGUGCUAAUAUUCAUCUCCUGUUGGCUUCAUAACUAGACAACAUGGAGCAGAACAACAGCUUGCCUUCAUUCCCACAAAGCCUUUCAUCGCCUCAGGGGGCCAUGACGCCUGGUCUUCCCAUCUUUAGCCCUAUGAUGCCAUAUGGUACAGGGCUUACACCACAGCCGGUACAGAACACAAACAGCCUGUCUCUCUUAGAGGAGCAACAGAGGCAACAGCAGCAACAACAGCAACAGCAGGCGGCUUCUCAACAGCAGGGUGGUAUAGUAGGUACAUCUGGCCAAACUCCUCAGCUUUAUCACUCGCAAGCAGUUUCCACGACCACAGCACUGCCAGGAAACACCCCUCUCUACACAACCCCUUUAACACCCAUGACCCCCGUCACUCCCGCCACACCAGCUUCAGAAAGCUCUGGCAUUGUCCCUCAACUACAAAAUAUUGUGUCAACUGUGAACUUGGGAUGCAAACUUGACCUAAAGACAAUAGCACUACGAGCCAGGAAUGCUGAGUAUAAUCCUAAGCGUUUUGCGGCCGUCAUCAUGAGAAUACGAGAACCUAGAACGACUGCUCUGAUUUUCAGUUCAGGCAAGAUGGUCUGCACAGGAGCUAAGAGUGAGGAGCAGUCUCGUCUGGCUGCCAGGAAAUAUGCAAGAGUAGUGCAGAAACUCGGCUUCCCCGCCAAAUUUUUGGACUUUAAGAUUCAAAACAUGGUUGGAAGUUGCGAUGUCAAGUUCCCGAUCCGACUGGAGGGCCUGGUUCUUACCCAUCAGCAGUUCAGCAGUUAUGAGCCAGAGUUAUUCCCUGGUUUAAUCUACAGAAUGAUUAAGCCCAGAAUUGUGCUUUUAAUUUUCGUUUCAGGCAAAGUUGUACUUACAGGUGCAAAGGUGAGGGGUGAAAUCUAUGAAGCAUUUGAAAAUAUAUAUCCUAUCUUAAAAGGAUUCAGAAAGACAACAUAAUCCUGUGGACCUGCACCUUUCUUAUUAUAAGUGUCUUUGGGAACUGAGUUUACCAGGACAUACAUUUUCUUAGUUUUGUUUAAUUGUAAAUAAUGAUGUUUUACUCCACAGAUAGUAAAUGGAAAUAAUUUUUAUCUUUUAAAUUUUUUUUAUUCAGCUGGUUUCACAGUCAACAGUUUUACCAGAAUCUUUUAAUGGUUUUACCUUUAUUUUUCCCCCCUGUUUAUUUUAUAUUUGACAUUCCGUCUAAUGAGCAGGCAGGUACCUUUUAGGAUAAUUUCUUAGAACUGUCGUGAUACAAGAAAAGUAUUGGCUCGAAAGUGUUAAAUAUUACAGCGUCAAUAUUCUAUGGAUCAGUUAAAGUUAAUUUUUCCUUUAUUGAAAUUUUGUGUUGAGAUCACAGAACACUUGACAGUUGUUAAGGCUUCUUAUUUUGUUAAAGCAGCUGUGCAGUGUGUUAUGAACUGCUUUUUGUAAUUUCAUUAAAAUUCCCCUGAAGUGUUACUUCUAACCCUUAUAAUGAAUAUACUGUUUGUAUCCAUGUUGGCUCUCCAAAUACAUGGUGCGUAUUGAUAACUAAUAGUUUUGUUGUACUGUUAGUCAAGUGCACUUUCUUUCUGUACAAGUCACUGUAGAUCUCUGUUCAUGAAAGUUAUGGAAUGGCAGAAAGCCUGGACUGUGAUUUGGUGCAGCUAAAUAGGUAUUCAUUGUUUGGGUUAUAUUCAGCCUCAUGUGAAGCACUGUUUGUAUUUUUUUCUUUCUUUUUUGCCUGUUAUUGAUUUGCUUCCACAACAAGCAAAUAAAUGUUUCCAUUUAC